CCCACUUUUCUCUAAUUGUUUUCUCUUUCACUGGAGUGCAGACAGCGGUCUCGCCCAUUUCCAGCUCACUCCCCUAGCAAAAGGGUCAAAAGAACACAUUACUAUAUUAAAGCUUUUGGAUUCGAACUUCUCUUACUUUGUUUGAAAGCAAGAAAUAAGAGAAGUGAAAAAUGGCAGGGUAUAGAGCAGAAGAUGACUACGAUUACCUAUUCAAGGUGGUCCUGAUCGGUGAUUCAGGUGUAGGCAAGUCUAAUCUGCUUUCUAGGUUUACUCGUAAUGAGUUUAGCUUGGAGUCUAAGUCCACUAUUGGAGUUGAGUUCGCUACUCGUAGCUUAAACGUCGAUGGCAAGGUUAUCAAGGCCCAGAUUUGGGAUACUGCUGGUCAAGAAAGGUACCGUGCCAUUACUAGUGCAUACUACCGAGGAGCAGUAGGUGCCCUGCUUGUCUACGAUGUCACCCGCCACUCAACAUUUGAAAACGUCGAAAGGUGGUUAAGGGAAUUGAGGGACCACACAGAUCCCAACAUUGUGGUCAUGCUCAUAGGCAACAAAUCAGAUCUUCGCCACCUUGUGGCUGUCUCAACUGAGGAUGGCAAGUCAUUUGCCGAGAGGGAGUCUCUCUACUUCAUGGAAACUUCUGCUCUGGAAGCUACUAAUGUAGACAAUGCAUUUGCUGAAGUGCUUACACAGAUCUACCGAAUUGUAAGCAAGAAGGCUAUGGAGACUGGCGAUGAAGGUGCUGCCUCGGCUGUUCCUUCCAAGGGAGAGAAAAUUGAUGUCAGUAAAGAUGUUUCUGCAAUGAAGAGAGUAGGAUGCUGCUCUAGCUAGGAGUUUAGUCAGAAUUGACGCAGAGGAUGGAGCCAGUUUGUUUUGCUGCAUCUAUCUUUAUGUACACCAUUAUUGUGUAAAAUUUUCUUAAAGAUGCCAACAGUAGGAGAGGUGGGGAUUGAUUUUUAAAGUUUUCUUUUCCAUCGACUGCUAUUUUAGCCGACAGAGAGCUUAAUUAGGAACAAGGUAUUACACUAUUGCUUUUAAAAUGGUUCUGGGUGAAGUCCAAGUGUCCAUCAAGUUAUAUCUAUUCAGUUGUAUUCAUGUUUGGGAUUA